GGGGGGGUUGUAAAGCACAUGAUGUCUUCUCCUAGUUAAUUGGAGUUUGGCAGCUCAAGACCGUCCUACUCAGCAGCACCGCUGCCUCCUCCCUCUAGCAGAGCAGCACGCUUCCACAUCCAGGCACACUACAGUGAAUUGCCGUCCUCGACUCAUUGAUAACGAACCACCGAAUCGGAUUAUCUACUAUCGUCAAGCGGAACGACGAUACGUCUAUAUUCCCCGUAGCCCGAAUACGCGCUAUUGACCACAGGAGGAACCGGGGCUCAUUUUCCCUCCCAAGCAAUUCCUCCAGAAUGUCAUCAUUAACGAAUUCGGCUUGCCUAUUCAUCCUGCCUGUUGCCCUGUGUCUGAUGCUGAGCCAGUGUCCGGUGGGGGCGUCGGCCAGGAGGUGUCACUCCAUCUACAAGGGCUUCGCCCAGUGUCUGAUGAGCCUGGGGGACAGCCUGACGGACGGGGCGCGGCAGGACGAAGACGCCCACGGACUACACUCCAUCUGCAGGUCCUGGGACCAGUUCCACGACUGCGCCAACGGGGCCAUGGCGGGCUGUCCGGAGGAGGCGGCCGUGGUCUGGGAGUCUCUGCGCCGGGAGUCCAAGAAGAUGCAGUUCUCAGGGAACCUGUACGACAUGUGCUCCCCCCGCAGUGUCCAGCCCGCCCCCCGGGAGGACAUCAACCAGGAGUCCCUGAGAGCCCGCGCCCACCCCGCGGCCGGCUCCGCCCACUUCCUGCUUCUCCCCCCUCUGCUGUUGCUGUUGUCAUGGAUACAGUGAGAUACCCUCCCCCCACCAUCAGCACCAGGACUGCUCCACUUCUUCUCCUGAGCACAGAGACUAGCGCCAGUGUCCACCUUCUGCAUGUUCGUCCUCUCUAGUAGCACUGCUCCGCUGGUCCACACGUAUGCUUUGCCUUCAAGGUUAUUGACACACACACUCGCACACACAUACAAACGCACACAUACACACAUGUACACACACACACACACA